CACUGUUACAAUGCAACUUGACUCGUUUUUGAAGCAGAAGCUUUUCUGGUUGGGAAUCUUCCUUUUUUUCUGAAAGGCAGAAGAAUCAGAGAAGCUAGAAAAGGAGCAGCUAUUGCUAAGCGUGAUGGAAGGGUCACCAACUGGCAUGGACCUCAGCCGUUCCCGGGAUCAGCAGGAGGCUACAGAAGUCCAGGACAUUUUGGCUGAUGCUAGUUCCAACACAUCCCAUGAAAUGGAAAACAUAGACAGUGCUGAAGAUACAAAGGAAUAUCAUCUGACUAAUGGAGGAGGAGGGCGAGACGUCAAGGGCGAAUAUGCUGAAAAGGAAGUUUGCAGUUUGAAUCCAGAGCCGAUGGAAACCCGAGAAGAUUCUGGGAUCCUUUAUAACUGCCAGCAAGAUUAUGGAGAAUAUGAAAACAUCAAGCUAGAGAGACAUUCCGGGCCGUACGACCUCGUCAGGCCAGCUGGCGGAAAGAUGACUUGUGACAUCUGUGGACUGGCCUGCGUCAGCAUCAACGUUCUGAUGGUUCACAAACGAAGUCACACUGGUGAACGGCCCUUCCAGUGCAACCAGUGUGGCGCCUCUUUUACCCAAAAGGGUAAUCUCCUCCGCCAUGUUAAGCUUCACACUGGGGAGAAGCCAUUCAAAUGCCAUCUGUGCAGUUAUGCCUGCCAACGGAGAGAUGCCCUCACUGGUCACUUGAGGACACAUUCUGUGGAGAAACCAUUCAAGUGUGAAUUCUGUGGACGGAGUUAUAAGCAAAGAAGCUCACUGGAAGAACAUAAAGAGAGAUGCCGAACCUAUUUGCAGAACACCAGUCUCGAGGAACCUAAAGGUGUGGAAGGAAGGCACGUCAAAGUCGAGAUGGGCACCGAACGGGCCCUGGUGCUGGAUCGCCUAGCGAGCAACGUGGCCAAACGGAAAAGUUCCAUGCCCCAGAAAUUUAUCGGUGAGAUGAAUUACAGCCCCAGCUUUGUAUAUGAAAAGGAGAGGGACCCCAUGAUGCAAGGAUGCAUAGUGGAUCAAGCCAUCAGCUAUCUUGGCACAGAUUCCUUGCGCCCUCUUGUGCAGACUCCAAUAGCCCCGACGUCUGAGAUGGUGCCUGUGAUCAGCAGCCUGUACCCCCUUGCACUCACCCGCAGUGAAGCGCCCAAUGGCAGCCCACAAGACAUGGAGAAGAGCCAUACCCAGCUGAGGGACAAGACAGUACCUUCUGAAAGGGAUCUCUCUCCAAACAACAGUGGCCAAGAUUCCACAGACUCAGACAGCAACCAUGAAGAACCACAGAGACAUGCCUAUCAUCAAGGCCAACUGGGUCCUUCUCCUGCACUGCAAACCCAUAAUGGUCUUCUGACCUUGAAGGAGCACAUGAAGGUGUACGACCUCUUCAGGCCACCCCUGGUCUGUCCCCGUGAUGUCUUGAAGGUCUUCAACAAGGACGGUGAACCCAUUGGGGUCUACCGAUGUGAUCACUGUCGAGUCCUCUUCUUGGAUUAUGUGAUGUUCACCAUCCACAUGGGAUGCCACGGCUUCCGUGACCCUUUUGAGUGUAACAUGUGUGGUCACAGAAGCCACAACAAAUAUGAAUUUUCCUCCCACAUAGUCCGUGGUGAGCACAGAAUAGGACUCAAAUGA